AUGACAUGUGUCACGGCAGUCCUGUGGAGUCUGACCGAGUCGGUCUUCGCAACGCUCUUGCAUGUGGAGAUUGUUUGCAUGAUGUGUAUAGCAACGGGCAUUGCAUCUGUUGUAUGCUGGGUGCUAACGCGUGACUACUUCAAGCUCUUCUCGGUGGGAGCUGUCCCUGUUGCUCUUGCCACCGGCUGGUUCACUGCAUCAGUUGCGAUUGUAUUGGCUGCAAGAGCACUUCCACCUUAUUAUGGCUUUCAAAGCUCUCAAAGCUUUCACGUCUGGGAGCCGUGGCUGGCCUCCAUGCUGCUGGGCCUGCUGUUCCUACUCUUGAUGUUCGAGGGGAGAGUGGUUUUCAUAAGAAGUCAGCCAGAUGACUUCAUGGGCAUUCUCCUCAUCACGAAUGGAAGCAUGAUGUCUGUGGUCAGUGUCCCGUUCUUCAUCAUCAUUUAUGGCUUCUUGUACAUGACACGUGAGGAAGAAUCUGGCCCUGAGCACGAUGAGAGUGGACUGAACAGAGCGGAAGAACAACCUCAAGUCCCAGAAGAUGAUGUGCCAAUUCCACCAGCAUCUGGUGAGCCAUAG